AUGGAACAACGUCUUGUCAAGAAAACCAACAUGACAGCUAUACGGUGCCCAUUACUGCGACCUCCCGUCAACGGUUAUGUGAGAGGCUCCAACUCUUACGGAGACGUGACCAACUUCACGUGUGACCCAGGAUACAAUCUUGUCGGCGCCUCUUCACUGACCUCGGUUCAGUGUCCAUUUCUGCCCCGUCCAACCAACGGUUUCGUGAGUGGCUCCAACUCUUACGGAGACGUGACCAACUUCACGUGUGACCCAGGAUACAAUCUUGUCGGCGCCCCUUCACUGACCUGCCUGCGUGAUGGAACAUGGAGAGGACAGCCACCAACAUGUGCUGCUUGCGACACUUUCAGCACGGACACCCAGUACCGGUACCGCUGGAAUCUGCCGCGGUUGACAGGAGACCGGUUCGAGUUUGAAGUGAAAGCGACCAAUGACGUCCAUGUGGCGUUGUCAUCCCAGAGGCAUGACCUGGCGAACAUGUAUGAAAUCGUCAUCGGUGGCUGGGGUAACACACAUUCUGUCAUACGCCGCAGCAAGCAAGGCACCCACCAUGCUACGGCCUCGACACCUGACAUCAACUCCCCAACAGAAUACAGAAAGUUCUGGAUCACAUGGUCUUCAGACGGAACCAUUGCUGUCGGGAGGGGUGGCGAAACUGAGCCGUUCAUGCAGUGGAAAGACCCCGACCCUCUACCCAUCAUCUAUGCCGGAUAUUCCACUGGUUGGUGGAGUACUGGACUUUGGAGGUUCUGUCACAAUACAGACAAACCCCAACGAAAUGGCAGCUGCAAAGUCGGUUACAGACUUGUCUUCGGGACCUGCAUUCUGCUCUCCUUGGAGGAAAUGUCUUACGCUGCCGCAAAGAAAGCCUGCAGGAAAGAUGGAGCCAGCCUAGCCAUGCCUAAAACUGAAGACUUGGACGUCGCUCUGAGAAACCUCGUCAAGACGGUCGGGGAAAACCGAGAGCAUUGGAUCGGCAUGAAAAGACUGCAUACAAGGAGCUGGCAAUGGGAGGACGGGACUGAUUUAGGCAAUUAUCAGGCAUGGUGCCCAGGAGAGCCCAGUAACCGAGGCUGGAUAUUUAAUAUGAACAAAUUCUGUGUGCAGUACUGGUCAGGCUGUACCGAGUCUAUUAUGUGGGACGAUACUGAAUGCUACAGAUCCAAGCAGUUCAUAUGCCAAGCAUCUCCAAACUAA